AUAGUUUCUUCUUCGCCGGUUUCUAGUGGAAACGAACUGGCGCCAGCUUCUUUUACAACCGCCAGAACCACGCAGAAAAAAGCAGAACGUUUUACGGUCGUCUGCGUUCUCCGGGUCGACACUUCUUGGGAGAAAGGUGACUAAUAACGCAGCAGACCUCACGGGAGAAGCAGCGCUGGAAAGAGAAAAGUCAUACCGCUCCCAAGGACAUGAAGGACCAGAAGGAGAAUCGCAGACCAAACCUAACCCAAACAAGGCCGUGCCUCCGUGGGUCUCUCUCCCUUCUUCUUUACCUCCAGACAGCGGGUGGCUGCGGGGACUUCUUCUACCUCGUCUUCUUCCCUAGUAGUCGGAGAGUGUUUGCGUGGAAUUGUGCUACAUCAACUUCUUCUCCAGUAGUUGCAGUUGGCGAGCGACUACCUGCAGUUCUUCUAUGUCGUCCUCUUCUCCAGUUGGCGGGCUAUUGCGUGGCCUUCCUGUGCUUCGUCUUCCUCCUCAGGUUGAACGUGUUCUACGUCGCGCCAUCCUUCUUUGCGCGCGAUUUUACGGUCGGUUGCAAUUCUCCCUAUCGAGUUUCGGGAUGUCUUUGCAGCUGACCCUGAACGGUGUGGAAAAACAACACUCAGAAGCAAAGCCCGCCCCAGGCUUGGCUUCGAGACUUGGGAGAAUUGCGACCCAACCUAACGACGGCGUAUUCUAG